CAUUAGAGACCUCCGGGUAUCAAGCCCCAUUGGUCCGGACAGGUGAUUUUGGACGAUCCAGCUACCUAAUCACUGAAGAACACCUGAGAUUCCUGCUUUCAUGUGGAUUUGGAACUAUGCAAAUUGCUGAAAUCCUGGAUGUAUCAGUCAGUACAGUUAAACGAAGAUUGAGGCGCUUCAACUUGCCCUACCUGAUGAGGUCUGCACGUCUUUCUAAUGCAGAACUUGAUGAAGUCAAGUCAAGCUGCAGUCGGUUGGAGAAAAUGAAGAGAUGGGAGCAAAUGCUGUUUUGGCCAGACUGGCUGCUAUGGCUGUUUGAGUGCAGAGGAGAAGAGUGAGAGAGAGUUUGAUUGGAGUGAAUCCAGAGCGUUGUCUCACCGACUGCACCGGAGAACCUACAGUGCUGCAGGACCCAACUCGCUGUGGCACAUAGAUGGGAACCACAAACUCAUCAGAUGGAGAAUAGUGAUCCAUGGCGGAAUCUGUGGCUUCAGCAGGCCGGUUGUGUUUUUGCAGGCUUCAGAUAAUAACAGAAGUUGCACAGUGUUUGACCAGUUUGUUCAAGCCACUGCUAGGUAUGGAGUCUCGAAUAAGGUGUGACCAUGGGGGAGAAAACAAUGCUGUCUGCUUGUUCAUGAACAUUUACCGUGGAUUAGAAAGAGGAAGUGCCAUCCGGGGCAGAAGUGUCCAUAACCAGCGGAUGGAGAGGCUUUGGGGAGAUCUCUGGAGAGGAUUAUACAACAGUUUCUUGCCAGUCUCUUUGCCAACUCUGGAUUCCCUAGCUUACCUCCCCUCUCAAGACUGCUGUGUGCAGUGUCCAGUGCACAGAGAGAACUUCGCAGUGGGAGAGCCAUUCAGACAGCUGCCCUGUAACCACUUCUUUCAUUCAGAAUGGAUAGUACCAUGGCUGGAACUGAGGAGGUGUGCAGUGGCUUUGGACCAGCAACGGACCCCUCGGCAACCGGUCCGGACCACAAGGACCGCGUGGACCACUAGUUCAUAUUUCUACAGACGAGACAGGAGGAUGCUGGGAGAAAAGAGAGGCGGGAAGCUGAACUACCUGGUGAGGUCUGAAAAUGAAUCUGUGUCUGAUAGAUGAUUCCAGCCGUCGUCGUACUUGAAACAAGUUAGCAUAGCAUCGCCCUGACUGAGCAGAACUCCAUUUAGAAAACAAGCGUUUUAAAAGAUGUUUGCUUGUCAUCUUGAAGACAGACCUGACAGAGCAGGAAUUCAUAUGUUCAACAAAUCAGCAUCAUUUUGAUCAGUUUAUUGAAAUGAAAUCACAGCAAAAUGUUUAUUUUGGCUUCAAACCGCUGCAGGAAACCAGAUUAUUGAAUUAGAUCUGAGUGCAUAAACAGCACUUUAAUAACAUAACAUCUUUGAGUCCAACAGAUUACUGUAAGCUUCUGAUUUCCUCUGGUAACAGUUCAUGACCUGUGUACUGGAACAUAAUGACUGCUAGUAUAUUGUGCUGGAGUCUACUGGUCCCUGGGUUGGUUUUACUAUGUUGUCUGUUUUGUGUUGACUUGUACUGACUACAGAUGAAAAACAGCCUUCUGGCUAAAUCUGGCAUAUUUACUGAAAUGUUUCAGCUUCAAUGAAAAAUCCAGCUUUAUCUUUGAGGAAUGAACAGAGAGACGAGAAAAACCAGAACCUGGAGGAAAGAGACUAAAGAAGUGGAGUUUCUGCUGAGUUCUGAGAUCAACGUCUGAAGGACUCGGUACGCUUCAAACAAACUAGAUCACGUGACGUCUGUUUAUACCUGCUCCAAAUGUCAACGCUGGAAGACAAAGAUCACAGAGUCCAGAUGUUUCAGAGGCCUGAACCAGGUCCACUGGAGGCCUCUGGGUUUAACUGCUGUGCUUUGAUCCAGUGUGUAGUGAGGAGGAAGAGGCGCUGAAUAAACAGGGACUACAAAAACACUACAGACCACAUUUGUGUUCAGGCUGAACAAACCUUUGUUCUUGUGAAAGUCUGACUGAAUCAAAUCUUAUUGUGUCUUCAUUCUCUGAGUCCAUUUUAACAGCUGGCUGCUUUCUGUUCUGUCACUAAAUGUGUUGCUUUCUGUUUAACUUGCAUCCUGCCAGGGUUGGUGCUGGAAUAAUCUGAGCUGGACACUUGAGACUUGGACUCGAGUCCUUUUCAAUGUUCUCAUUAAAGGAGUCGACACAAAGA